GAUGUCACUUCCCCUCUGGACAAGUUAGUUCCCUGACAUGUCGCCCCUAAAAUGGAAAGAUGAUGGUGCCGGCAAAAGGCGUGAGCGCGCAGAGCAGUAGAGGGCCAGCCAAGAACCACCCCCCUGCCAGCUGCCCCAAGGCCAUCUUCCCCUGCCCCGCCAAGAGGCCUCCCUAAUAACAAGCACCAAAAAAGACAGUUCAGCUCCGAACAUCGAUGGGACCGCAGAGAGGAUCUCUGGACUUCCCAGACUCACAAGGUCAACUGGACACUUCCAUCCUGGAACCCUAAAAUCAGGAAAUAAUAAACACAGAGAGGCCGAGGGGGAUCGUAGACACUGUGACCAGCCCCGGACGCCCCCCGGGAGAAGGUUGCUCCGGGAGAGCAGCAGCGAUCGCCGUAUCCAGUCCCUAGCACGUAAUAGUGGCCGCAACGGACAUUUAUAUUGUGAAGUUUGCACGUUACCAAUAUGUCAUUUGAAUCUCGAGACGGCUCUUUGCAGUGGAGACUCUUAGCACCAUUUUACAAAAGAGGAAACUGAGACUGAGAAACGAAGUUACUUUUCCAAGGUUAAUAAUCAAGAUGGUGCAUGCUGAAGCCUUUUCUCGUCCCCUGAGUCGGAAUGAAGUUGUUGGUUUAAUUUUCCGCUUGACGAUAUUUGGUGCCGUAACAUAUUUUACCAUAAAGUGGAUGGUAGACGCAAUUGAUCCAACCAGGAAGCAAAAAGUCGAAGCUCAGAAACAGGCAGAAAAACUAAUGAAGCAAAUUGGAGUGAAAAAUGUAAAGCUUUCCGAGUAUGAAAUGAGCAUCGCCGCCCACCUGGUGGACCCGCUUAACAUGCACGUUACUUGGAGUGACAUAGCGGGUUUGGAUGACGUCAUCACUGACCUCAAAGACACCGUCAUCCUGCCUAUCAAGAAGAAGCACUUGUUUGAAAAUUCCAGACUUCUCCAACCUCCAAAAGGAGUUCUUCUCUAUGGGCCUCCAGGCUGUGGUAAGACAUUGAUCGCCAAGGCUACUGCCAAGGAGGCAGGGUGCCGAUUUAUUAACCUUCAGCCUUCCACCCUGACGGAUAAGUGGUACGGAGAGUCCCAGAAGCUGGCUGCGGCCGUGUUUUCCCUUGCUAUCAAGCUCCAGCCUUCGAUCAUCUUUAUCGAUGAAAUAGACUCUUUCCUCCGAAGCCGUUCGAGUUCGGAUCAUGAAGCUACCGCCAUGAUGAAGGCUCAGUUCAUGAGCCUCUGGGAUGGGCUGGAUACAGACUACAGCUGUCAGGUCAUAGUGAUGGGAGCGACCAACCGUCCUCAGGAUCUUGACUCGGCUAUCAUGAGGAGAAUGCCGACGAGGUUUCACAUCAACCAGCCAGCUUUAAAGCAGAGAGAGGCCAUCCUGAAGCUGAUUCUCAAGAAUGAAAAUGUGGACAGGCACGUGGACCUCCUAGAAGUCGCCAAAGAAACCGAUGGAUUCUCAGGAAGUGAUUUGAAAGAAAUGUGUCGGGACGCUGCCCUCCUCUGUGUCCGGGAGUAUGUGAAUUCCGCUUCGGAAGAAUGCCAUGAUGAAGAUGAAAUUCGGCCAGUGCAACAGCAGGACCUGCAGCGGGCGAUCGAGAAGAUGAAGAAAUCAAAGGACGCCGCUUUUCAGAAUGUUUUAACCCAUGUUUGUUUAGAUUAAGAGUAAAGGUCAUUUGUUUGUAUGGUU